AAUAAGAGAGUUUUGGAUUACAAAUUGAAUGCUGUUUAGGUGUUUGAGUAGUAGCGAGUGAGCCUUUGUUUGUUUCUUGAAAGUUUAAUCUAAUCUGCAAAAAAGAGAAAGAAAAAGAAAAAGAAAAAGAAAAGACACCGUCUCUUCUUCUUUUGGUUGUUGUACAUUUUAUGAUACAGUUGCAGCAUGUUUGGAGUGAAAUUACAGUACUAAUCUUUCUCUUCGGAGUAGUGCGGAUGGUGGCAGCUUGUGGCGGACAGAAAUGAAAUGAUGUCAUCUUCUACUGCUGCUGCAUAAUUCACACAACCGAAUGUGAAGUGAGGGUUUUGUUUUGGCAGCACAAACUCAACAAUGGGGUCUCAGCAGAAUGGAUUCCCCCAGCAGGAACGGCGAAAAAGAUGGGGAGGAUGUUGGGGGGCAUUCACUUGUUUCAGCUCCCAAAAAGGUGGAAAACGAAUUGUUCCUGCCUCCCGCAUUCCUGAGGGAAAUGCAACUGCACAACAGCCAAAUGGACCUCAACCCGGAGGACUGCCUAACCAAGUAACAACACUAGCUCCGUCACUUCUAGCACCUCCUUCUUCACCAGCGUCAUUUUCAAAUUCAGCCCUCCCUUCCACUGCUCAGUCACCCAGCUGCUUCUUGUCCUUGUCUGCCAAUUCACCGGGUGGUCCUUCUUCCGCAAUGUAUGCCACUGGCCCAUAUGCCCAUGAAACACAGCUUGUUUCUCCUCCUGUUUUCUCAACUUUCACAACUGAGCCCUCUACCGCCCCCCUUACCCCCCCACCCGAAUUAGCUCACUUAACUACACCCUCUUCUCCUGAUGUUCCUUUUGCUCAGUUCCUCUCAUCUUCAAUGGAUCUCAAAGGCAAUGAAAAAGCCAACUACAUUGCUGCUAACUAUCUUCACGCAACCUAUGCACUUUAUCCUGGGAGUCCCGCCAGCAGUCUCAUUUCACCAAUAUCUAGGAACUCGGGUGACUGUUUGUCAUCAUCCUUUCCUGAACGAGAGUUCCCCCCUCAAUGGGAUCCUUCAGUCUCUCCUCAAAAUGGAAAAAAUUCAAGGAGUGGUUCUGGCAGGUUUUUCGGGCAUGACACAGCCGGUGGCUCAAUGGGAUCCCAAGAUACAAAUUUCUUCUGUCCUGCUACAUUUGCACGGUUCUACCUGGACCAUAACCCACCAUUUCCUCAUACUGGUGGGAGGUUAAGUGUUUCCAAGGAUUCAGAUGCGCAUCCUUCUGGCGGAAAUGGCAACCAAAGCAGGCCCAAUAGAAGUCCCAAGCAAGAUCCGGAAGAAUUAGAAGCUUACAGAGCUUCCUUUGGGUUCAGUGCUGACGAGAUUAUCACUACUCAACAAUAUGUAGAGAUUUCUAACGUCAUGGAUGACUCGUUUACGAUGACUCCUUUUACUUCAGCUAAUCCAACUACGCAAGAAUGUGUUGAAGCUACAGCCAUGAAAAAAGAAUUAAAGAUGCAGAUUAUACAGCCAAACUUACCAAGCCUUAAACUGAAACCAGAUCCUGCACCAGUCUCAAGUCAUAGAUAUGAAGAUCCUAAAUCAAGGCGGCAAGCUGGAGAUGUAUCUGUAUCAAGCAGCCCUGGUAUUCAGGUGGUGGCUGAUAAUGACGACAUAUUCUCAAAGAUGACAUCAGCCAAAAUGAGCAGGAAAUACCAGAUGGGAUCAUCGUGCUCAGAUGCCGAAAUAGACUACAGGAGGGGAAGAAGUUUGAGAGAAAGCAAAGGAGAGAUUGCAUGGCACUGACUGGCAUACAUAAAGAAAGGAAUUUGUAUUGCAGGAUGAUGGAGUGAUGUGGGAUAGGCGGAUGACCAGAUCUAACAAAUUAAUCUCCUGCUGCUGCUGCUGUCUCUACUCCUUUUUGUUGGCCUGAGAUCUCUUUCUGAUUGAUGAGUGUUCCCUAACUUGUCACGUUUCUAUGCAAGUUAUAUAUAUAAUACAAAUAGACAUGUGAUGCAAUCCAAAUAUGUAAUAUUCAAAGUGGCUUGUGAAUUGUGAUUUAACACAUCCAGCGACACAGAAGUCUAGGUUUCUUUUUUCUUUCAAAUGAAGUGGUGGAAUUUUAUU